GCGGGGCUGUGGACUAGUGUCUAGGGGAUCCUACUCCUCCUCCUGUGCCUCUCUUACCUCUUUCUUCCAAGUGGAGGAGCCGAUCCGCAUAACUAAGCUAUCCCACAUGCACUGCUAUAUGCCAAGGAUGCAUAGUAGACUACAAUGAAUCUAGCAAGAUACGUUCUUUUCAUGGGCAUUCUCUCGUCGAAACCGCCUAUAUAAACCGUCAUCCUACCCGACUGUCGCCCCAUCCAGCUUGUCUACAACAUUACUGACUCUCUAAUCUGAAGCUUGAUACCCUGGCUUCAUCAUGGCGACCAAGCUUCAUACUGUGCCUUUCCUCAUCAACGGCAGCGAUCACACCAGUGAAAGGGCUGUUGAUGUCGUGUCUCCUGCGAGCGGCGAGGUCGUCCACCGCUACCACAGUGCUGACGUCAAGGAUGCCAAUGCUGCUGUCGAGGCUGCUGCUGAGGCAUUCAAGUCAUGGCGCAAGACAAGGCCUAGUGAGCGCCGGGAUCUCUUUCUCAAGGCCGCCGAGAUUAUGGAAAAGCGACGUGAUGAGCUCCGCAAGUACUCCAUGUCAGAGACUGGCAGUGAUGCUACCUGGGCCGAUUUCGAUAUCAGCACAGGCAUUAGCCAUCUGAAGGAAGUUGCCGGUCGUAUAGGAACACUUGAGGGCGCCAUCCCCACUGUGUCGGAUCCCAACACAACCGCACUCGUCUUGAGAGAGCCUUAUGGUGUCGUUGUAGCAAUUGCGCCAUGGAACGCCCCUUAUAUUCUCGGCACGAGAUCUGUUGUUUUCCCCAUGGCCGCUGGUAACACAGUGGUCUUCAAGGCCAGUGAGGUUUCUCCUCGAACACUAUGGGCCAUUGCCGAUGUUUUCAGAGAGGCAGGACUCCCUGAUGGUGUUCUUAACGUCAUCUUCCACGAGAGAGCCAAUGCUGCAGCAGUCACCGCCGCAUUGAUUGAGCAUCCUGAAGUCAAGAAGAUCAACUUCACCGGCAGUACACCUGUUGGCCGUAUCAUCGGUAAGCUUGCAGGCGAGAACCUGAAACCUGUUAUCCUGGAGUUGGGUGGCAAGGCCCCAGCUAUCGUGUGGGAGGAUGCGGACCUCGACCUCGCCGCGCUGCAAUGCACCCUUGGAGCGUUCAUGAACUCGGGGCAAGUCUGCAUGUCUACCGAAAGGAUUCUUGUGCACAAGAAUGUCAAGGACGAGUUUGAGAAGAAGCUGUCAGCAACCAUCGAACAAGUCUUCUCUUCUAAGGGGGACGCACCGAUUCUUAUUGCAUCGGCUCCUGUUGAAAAGAACAAGGCCUUGAUCAAGGAUGCCAUCUCUAAGGGUGCCUCCCUGGUUCACGGAAACCCUGAUGUUGAAGAGUCAAGCAAGACCCGUAUGAGACCAAUUGUUGUGAGAGAUGUCACCACAGAAAUGGACAUUUAUAAGUCGGAGUCCUUUGGCCCUACAGUUUCUCUGAUGGCUAUUGAGACGGAGGAGGAAGCCAUCAAGAUCGCCAACGAUACCGAGUACGGCUUGAGCUCUGCUGUAUUCACAUCUGACCUCCAGAGAGGCCUCCGAAUUGCUCGCGAGAUCGAGACAGGUGCUGUCCAUAUCAACAAUAUGAGUAUUCAUGAUGAGAGCGGUCUGCCUCAUGGAGGAGCCAAGGCUAGUGGAUACGGCCGUUUUGGUGCAUCUGCUGGUCUUGAUGAGUGGACUCGCACGAAGAACAUUACCUUUAGGAAUUAAAUGAUGGAAUUAUUAUAAUACCAAAUAGCGCAAUAUGAAAGAAUAGUUUAUGCCAAUUGAAAUUGAGGUGGGAG